AUGGCACAAGUGGUCUUUCCCAUUCUAUACACAGUUAUAUUCUGUCUUGGAGUUAUCAUGAACAGUCUUUCUGUUUGUAUUUUCUGCAAAGUCCCUACUAAUACUGUUUUUAUUGUUUACCUUAAAAAUACUGUGGCAGCUGACAUAAUAAUGACACUGGCACUGCCUUUUAAAAUAGUCACAGAUUCAGAAAUUGCACCUUGGCAGGUGAAAAUCUUUGUCUGCCGUUGUUCUGCAGUAGUAUUUUACUCAGCCAUGUACGUCAAUAUAAUACUUCUUGGACUCAUAGGAAUAGAUCGCUUUCUUAAGAUUGUACGACCAUUUGAAAGAAGCUGUAUGGAUCGACUUAGUGUGGCUAAAUGGAUAUCUUUCUCAGUGUGGAUCAUCAUAUUUGGAAUGUCAAUGCCUAACAUGAUUCUGAACACCAUAGAAGCAACACCUAAAAAUGUUAACCACUGUGCUGACCUCAAGUCUUCACUGGGAAUGGCAUGGCACAAAGCUGUUACUUACAUCAGCCAGUUGAUUUUUUGGUCUGUUUUCAUUUCCAUGACAGCUUUUUAUACAAUAAUAAGCAGAAAGGUUUAUGAAUCGUAUGCAAAAUCUCACAGUAAAGACAAAGCUAUGAGAAAGAACACCAAAGCCAAAGUUUUUGUUGUAGUAAUUGUAUUUUUCCUGUGCUUUGCGCCCUACCAUUUUGUGAGGGUACCCUAUACAUUUAGCCAGAGUGGAAUCAUAACAGAUUGUGCCAUCAAAAGAACAUUAUUCCUAACUAAAGAAAGUACCCUGUGGAUCGCUGCCACCAACGUAUUCAUGGACCCUUUCAUCUAUGUAGUUCUCUGUAAGCCUUUUCGAAAACUCAUACCUGGGUUUAGCAGUUCAGGAAACUCAAGCCAGGAAAAACCCAUAAAUGAGUCAACAAUGUAG